AUGGACGGCGCGUCGCUGCUGGAGCGGUACCUGGAGCGGUGCGGCGGGCAGGAUGACGUCUCAACUAGUCCUCAGCUGUUUACUCCCAUGAGCCCUUAUGAUGUAGACCUUCCUGUUCAAGCAACUGAAGAUGUGUUGUUCAGUUCUCAAUUUAACCAGCCCAAAGAGCUUCCAACAGACUUCUCCUCUGUGGAUCUCAGCUUUCUCCCAGAUAUUACCCAAGAUAACAAAGAACAAAAUCCUUCUGAAGAUGGUCAUGAAAUGCAAAAAGAGCUUGAUGGGUCAACAUCGAGAAACGAGGACAGCAGUAUCUUCCCGGAUGAAAGCAGCUCGUCAUAUCCAGAUGCAAUUCAACCAUCUCCUGGAGCAUCUGACAUGUAUCCUACUCUGACAUCAAUGGCUCCUAUGACCCCAGUGACACCUACAUCGGAAAGCUCUGGCAUAGUUCCUCAGUUACAGAAUAUAGUGUCAACUGUAAACUUGGCUUGUAAACUAGAUCUGAAGAACAUAGCUCUGCAUGCCAGAAAUGCAGAGUAUAACCCAAAGAGGUUUGCUGCUGUGAUCAUGAGAAUCAGAGAACCAAGAACAACAGCCCUCAUCUUCAGUUCAGGAAAAAUGGUCUGCACAGGAGCAAAAAGCGAAGAGCAAUCACGGCUCGCAGCCAGGAAGUAUGCGCGUGUGGUGCAGAAGCUUGGGUUCCCUGCCAAGUUCCUGGACUUCAAGAUACAGAAUAUGGUUGGGAGCUGUGAUGUGAGGUUCCCCAUCCGGCUGGAAGGCUUGGUUCUAACUCACCAGCAGUUCAGCAGCUAUGAACCCGAGCUAUUUCCUGGCCUCAUUUAUAGGAUGGUCAAACCAAGGAUAGUGUUACUUAUCUUUGUGUCGGGAAAAGUUGUACUGACUGGAGCAAAAGAACGUUCUGAAAUCUAUGAAGCAUUUGAGAACAUCUACCCCAUUCUAAAAGGUUUCAAGAAAGCAUCAUAA